AUGGGAAAUUGUCUAAAACGCGCGGGAGGCAGUCAGCAGGACAAUACCACUUUGCUUAGCAGCAAUCCCGAUCCUUCAAUGAUUGGAAGUUCGUCACAAGAUGCACUCGGACCUCAAAUACCUUAUAAUGAAAUUAUGGGAUCUUAUUAUCCUGUAACAGCGACAAGAGAACAUCGUUUACAGUCCAAUUUAAAUGUCUCACGUGGAAUUGGAGUUGGACUUAAUUUAGGACUUGGCGUUACAUCUGGUAGUAUAAGCGAAGAAGAACAGCAGGUACGAAUUGCAAAGCGUAUAGGACUCAUACAACAUUUGCCCAUGCGACAAUACGAUGGAACAAAGAAAGGAGAAUGUGUAAUAUGCAUGAUGGAGCUUAUGGUAGGAGAAGAAGUUCGUUAUCUACCUUGUAUGCAUACUUAUCAUGCAGUGUGUAUCGACGAUUGGUUACUCCGUUCACUCACUUGUCCAUCAUGCAUGGAACCUGUAGAUGCUGCUCUCAUUAGUUCGUAUCAUCCUACAACUUAA